CUGGGAAGGGCACAGCCGCGCGGCGGAGGGCAGAGUCAGCCGAGCCGAGUCCAGCUGGACGAGCGGACCAGCGCAGGGCAGCCCAAGCCGCGCGCAGCGAACGCCCGCCGCCGCCGACACCCUCCGCGGUCCCCGCGGCGCCUGCCACCCUUCCCUCCUUCCCCACGUCCCCGCCUCGCCGGCCAGCCAGCUUGCCGGGUUCGCUGCCCCGCGGAACCCCGAGGUCACCGGCCCUCGCCUCUGCUUCCCUGGGCCGCGCGCAGCCUCCACGCCCUCCUUCUCCUCCUUUUCCCCUGACCCGGCGCCUGGCACCGGGGACCGUUGCCUGACGCGAGGCCCAGCUCUACUUUUUGCCCCGCGUCUCCUCCGCCUGCUCGCCUGUUCCACCAACUCCAGCUCCUUCUCCCUCUAGCUCCACUCGCUAGUCCCCGACUCCGCCAGCCCUCGGCCCGCUGCCGUAGCGUCGCUUCCCGUCCAGUCCCAAAGGUGGGAACGCGUCCGCCCCGGCCCGCACCAUGGCACGGUUCGGCUUGCCCGCGCUUCUCUGCACCCUGGCAGUGCUCAACGCCUUGCUGCAGGCUGCCGAGCUCAAGUCGAAAAGUUGCUCGGAAGUGCGACGUCUUUACGUGUCCAAAGGCUUCAACAAGAACGAUGCCCCCCUCCACGAGAUCAACGGUGAUCAUUUGAAGAUCUGUCCCCAGGGUUCUACCUGCUGCUCUCAAGAGAUGGAGGAGAAGUACAGCCUGCAAAGUAAAGAUGAUUUCAAAAGUGUGGUCAGCGAACAGUGCAAUCAUUUGCAGGCUGUCUUUGCUUCACGUUACAAGAAGUUUGAUGAAUUCUUCAAAGAACUACUUGAAAAUGCAGAGAAAUCCCUGAAUGAUAUGUUUGUGAAGACAUAUGGCCAUUUAUACAUGCAAAAUUCUGAGCUAUUUAAAGAUCUCUUCGUUGAGUUGAAGCGUUACUACGUGGUGGGAAAUGUGAACCUGGAAGAAAUGCUAAAUGACUUCUGGGCUCACCUCCUGGAGCGGAUGUUCCGCCUGGUGAACUCCCAGUACCACUUUACAGAUGAGUAUCUGGAAUGUGUGAGCAAGUAUACGGAACAGCUGAAGCCCUUCGGAGAUGUCCCUCGCAAACUGAAGCUCCAGGUUACUCGUGCAUUUGUAGCAGCCCGUACUUUUGCUCAAGGCUUAGCAGUUGCUGGAGAUGUUGUGAGCAAGGUCUCCGUGGUAAACCCCACAGCCCAGUGUACCCAUGCCCUGUUGAAGAUGAUCUACUGCUCUCACUGCCGGGGUCUCGUGACUGUGAAGCCAUGUUACAACUACUGCUCAAACAUCAUGAGAGGCUGUUUGGCCAACCAAGGGGAUCUCGAUUUUGAAUGGAACAAUUUCAUAGAUGCUAUGCUGAUGGUGGCAGAGAGGCUAGAGGGUCCUUUCAACAUUGAAUCGGUCAUGGAUCCCAUCGAUGUGAAGAUUUCUGAUGCUAUUAUGAACAUGCAGGAUAAUAGUGUUCAAGUGUCUCAGAAGGUUUUCCAGGGAUGUGGACCCCCCAAGCCCCUCCCAGCUGGACGAAUUUCUCGUUCCAUCUCUGAAAGUGCCUUCAGUGCUCGCUUCAGACCACAUCACCCUGAGGAACGCCCAACCACAGCAGCUGGCACUAGUCUGGACCGACUGGUUACUGAUGUCAAGGAGAAACUGAAACAGGCCAAGAAAUUCUGGUCCUCCCUUCCGAGCAACGUUUGCAAUGAUGAGAGGAUGGCUGCAGGAAACGGCAAUGAGGAUGACUGCUGGAAUGGGAAAGGCAAAAGCAGGUACCUGUUUGCAGUGACAGGAAAUGGAUUAGCCAACCAAGGCAACAACCCAGAGGUCCAGGUUGACACCAGCAAACCAGACAUACUGAUCCUUCGUCAAAUCAUGGCUCUUCGAGUGAUGACCAGCAAGAUGAAGAAUGCAUACAAUGGGAAUGACGUGGACUUCUUUGAUACCAGUGAUGAAAGUAGUGGAGAAGGAAGUGGAAGUGGCUGUGAGUAUCAGCAGUGCCCUUCAGAGUUUGACUAUAAUGCCACUGACCACGCUGGGAAGAGUGCCAAUGAGAAAGCCGACAGUGCAGGUGUCCGUCCUGGGGCACAGGCCUACCUCCUCACUGCCUUCUGCAUCUUGUUCCUGGUUGUGCAGAGAGAGUGGAGAUAAUUCUCAAACUUCGAGAAAAAGUGUUCAUCAUCAAAAAGUUAAAAGGCACCAGUUAUCACUUUUCUACCAUCCUAGUGACUUUGCUUUUUAAAUGAAUGGACAACAAUGUACAGUUUUUACUACGUGGCCACUGGUUUAAGAAAUGCUGACUUUGUUUUUUCAUUCAGUUUUGGGAGGAAAAGGGACUGUGCAUUGAGUUGGUUCCUGCUCCCCCAAACCAUGUUAAAUGUGGCUAACAGUGUAGGUACAAGAACUAUAGUUAGUUGUGCAUUUGUGAUUUUAUCACUCUAUUAUUUGUUUGUAUGUUUUUUUUCUCAUUUCGUUUGUGGGUUUUUUUUUCCAACUAUAGAUCUCACCUUGUUUCUUACAAGCAAACCAGGGUCCCUUCUUGGCAUGUAACAUGUAUGUAUUUCUGAAAUAUUAAAUAGCUGUACAGAA